GGGGCAUCACAAACCAGCAGAUAAACAGGAAACAGAGCAAAGUACAUCCAUCUGGCGAAGUGUCAGGCAGAAUAUGGGAACGAGUUUCCUUACUAGAACCGUCGCUCAGCUUCUUCACACCAGAUAGGCUUCCACCAGUUCCAGAUUAUCCAUGUCUCAACGACGUAGCCGAAGCCUCCCCCUUGUCGUGUUUCUCUCGGCCACGAGACCUUCCCCAGCAUGAACCCCUCGGGGGAGCCCGGGAAUCUGAAUAAAGACACCCAGUUCAGAGCGGCGAAUAAGACUGCGAACGCCUUUCUGGGUGCCCAUUUUCUGCCGACAUGGGCCUCUAAGGGCUCUAAGCGUGGGAUUGAGGCUGUAUCCACGGCCAAUGGACAAAUCGCACAACCUCGCCAAGCAAGGAAGAACCUCCAUCGGGUGCCCGAACCCGGCGAUGACAUUAUGAUACGGAAUCCUGUCCAGCCUGAUAGCACCCAACAAUGUCCAGAUUCCGCCUCGUUAGAGAAAACUUCCGUACCACAGUCCACGCGCACUUCGCCUUCAACUGCGACUUGCGUUGCAAAUAGAUCCCAACACUCAACCUCGCCGGGCCCUACUGAACACCAAGUUGGAAGGAAAGAACCGACAGUCUCUCUGCCCUCCGCUGCUCCCACGAACGAGUCUACCCAGGCGGUAUCAAAUCCGCAAGGCGUCCGUGACCAGACGGCGGCUUCUAGCGACAGCUCUGUUCACCUCAACCCCUCUGUUUCUCCUAUCGUCACGAAUGUGCCCCUCCACGAGCCAUCGAACCAGCCCGGCCCCAUCGAGCACGGCCUGCAUGACACGCCCUCUGGGGACCGAGAAACUCCCGCGAGGAGGACCUCAACUCAGGUCCUAUCCUCAGGCCCGGGGACCCCGCAAGUGUCAGAUGCUAGUGUUCAUGGUACAACCGGGGAGAUACUCAUCCCCGACCCUGCUUUGCUCGGAGGAGGUGAUGUUUCCAGCAAUCCCUCGGCAGCUCCGUCUCGAGUGAACCAGCUUGGGGCUACAGAGAGAGGCCAGAUUCCUCCGCAAGACCCUCAUCCAUCCGCCAUAGCUCCUCCACCUGCCUCUGCUCCGCCGCCAUCUGCUCCCACUGUCUCUCCGUCUACACAUCUACCACCUUCAACGGGGUUGCAACGAGGCGCCAACCGAACAGGUUCAGAAGCAGGCGAAUGGGACAAAUGGUCAAUGCAGAUCACUGAACGUGUCCGGCUUGUCUAUCACACCCUGGUGGAGAGCAAGGAUGUGUAUACCAUUCCAAGAUACGGAAUCUUGAAAAAAGCUUUGCAAAACAAAGAUGCGGCUUUUAUAGGAACUCACCAACUCUUUUGCACAUGGACCCUGGAAGGGUCCAUGGUGAGCAUGCAUCUCAACCUGGAAAUGCCUGUGAUAGUUUCUGCGUUCAACAUCAUUCAGGAUGGCCUUGCACCCAACAACAUGCGAGGAGAGGAUCUGCUCUGGCUUGCACGUUUCCCCUACUCGUCUCCUCUUCACUGGAUGCAAUCUCCUUUUGUCCAAGGAAAAUUUCUCACUUGGCUUUCCAUCUUCCUGAACAAUCUUGCGUCUCGGUGGCCAACCUUGGUUCGAGAAAUUAGGGAGCGGCAGUAUCCGCUCCUUGCUGAGGAGCUACGUGCUCUACUGCUUGUCAGAUCACCUCUUCUUGAGGUGAUUCUCUUCAUAGCCAGUCGAACACAUCUCGGCAUCCCGAACGUCAUGAAUAAUGCGAUUGCGGCUCAAAUGCUUCAACUCCAUUAUGAAGAUGCUCAAAACUUCUCCUCGCCGGACCAGUCUAAUCGAGACUCUUUUAAGGCAAGGCUCACAGCGGAAUAUUCGGGUUUGUAUCGACGGCAUCUCGACCUACAAAACCAGAUGCCCCGAAAGUCUUUCCUCCGAGACAAUUUUAACGCUCCGGACUUUUCUCAGACACAACCCUCCUUCCAGGGAGACUACCCAGCACUAAGGAACAUGUCACACUCCGAUCAUAUGGCUCAGGGGAGCCCAUCGGCAUCAUCUGCUUUGCAGCAUCAUUCUUCCUUCGUACCGGCCAUGCCCUAUCACUACCCGGCAACACAGCCUCAGCACCUGCCGAAUAUGAAUGGUCAAUCUUCCCACCCAAUGCCUACACCCAUGCGCGUCAAUUCCUCGGUAGGUCCUCGGCAAGGGCAGUACCAAGGCGCUCAUCCUUCGACCGCCACCCUCAACAAUAUUGUGCUCAAGGCCGACCUCUCCCUGCCGAUCGCCGCCCACGCCCGCGGCAUGCAGAAUGGGUAUGUGACCCUUCAAACCCACCGGACGAGCUCCGUGUUGUACCAAACGAAUCCCACCCAACAGGCGAGUGCUACCCAGCGUAUGAAUCAACUUCAGCUUCAAGCACAGCAUCACGCCCAGCAUCAAGCCCAGCAGACGAAUCAGUCCCAGCAGACGCGAGGACAGGCGCAACCAGAGAACCAGCUUCCGACGGGACCCCCAGUCCAGCGUUCUCGCCUGUCCUCCCAGAUACCUCUUGUGCUUUCUCCACUGUCUCGUUCCCCUUCCCAGACCAUUCCGCCGGGGUCAGCGCCGCCUGCAUCUGGGGUGCAGAUGUUACAGUCCCCGCUCAUGGCACAGCCCGAUCAGCAACUCCCAGAUGUCAGACUGUCGUCAAUACGGCCAACGAGGGGGACUGGUCCAUCUGGCCCAGCUCAGCAUGAUACGGUUCGAACGACACCAAGCCACAUGCUUCUGCCACCGGCAAACUAUCGGAUAGGGCUAGAUCGAUACCCACCAUCACCGUACACCCCCAUGUCCUUUGCAGUGUCGCUUCACCAAGUGCAAGUCCAUAGUCCGAGGCGUGCUCCUCAACGUCUUCCGGGAGCAGGAGUGCAAGAGCGGGACCAGGAGAGGCAUUACCAAUCCGUCAAGAGGCUCCUCGUCGGCCCGGUGAAGGCCAAACCUGUUCUUGUCAUAAAUGAGCUGGAGUUCACUUUGUCGGAUCCAGAUUCACAACCGCCGAGACUAUCCACUCCUCAAACCAAAGCAGGCUGCUGGCUACCGGUGUGUGAGUACUCCGACGGCUCGUUGAGAUAUCGCCUGCGCAUCUGCAAGUUCCAAAACCAGAAUAACGGAAGUACCAUAUGCGAAUCUGACUGGGUGGUGCAGCCGACUGACUGGCCUAAACAUUUAUUUGUCACGGUGAAUGAUAUGGCGGCGGAAAUUCGUCGCAAGACACACUAUGGCCAAGACCAGCCCCUCGAACUGACGCCCUUUGUUCGGACCGGGACAAACAAGGUGCAAAUCAGCAUCACGAGCGACAUGCCUCGAGAUGGGGCCUAUUUCAUCGCUGUCGAGCUUGUGGAGACUCUCAGUCACGGCCAUAUAAUGAACAUGGUGCGCAAAGACGGGGUAAUCCCGGUCGAGUCGACCAAGCUUGUGAUCCAGAAUCGCCUACAGCCGAAAAACGUCGCAGCCGAGGGGCGGUGCGAUGACGACGACGACUUAGCCAUCAUGGGUAGCUCGGUGAGCAUCGACCUGGCAGAUCCGUUCGCGGCGAGCAUGUUCACCAUCCCGGCCCGUGGCGCGUCCUGUACUCACCUCGAAUGUUUUGACUUGGAGAUAUGGCUUAACACGCGACCCAGCAAACCGAUACCCUACCGCACGGAGCACUGUUUGUGCGAUGCAUGCGAGAACGAGAGAGGCCUGGGUCCAGAGCCUUCGCUCACGGACAAGUGGGGCUGCCCGCUGUGCGGCAAAGAUGCUCGGCCGUAUAGUCUCCGAAUUGACAGCUUCCUGGCCGACCUUGGGGCAAAUUUGAAAGCCACCGGCAAGGCCGGAACGAAGAUGAUUACCGUCGCCGCAGACGGUACAUGGCAGGCGAAAGAAGAAACGGCCGAGGAGAGUGGCACGGAGAGCCCAGUUUCCGAUAACGAGAGGCCCCAGAAGCGUAUCAAAUCCAGCUCCGGCAAGGUCGCUCGAUCGGUUCUCGAAGUGAUCGAGUUGGAUUGA